AUGUCGCAUCCAGCAUCCCCAAAGUCCCUCGAAGCACUGAACGCCUUCACCUUCGAGCGGAUCCUCCACGAAGACCCCAUAACCCACUCGCUCACCCUCCUCGGUACCUUUCCAAACCAGAAUGACGCCAGCGCCAAAGUUCAAGCCAUCGUUCGAAUCGAGAAGACGGCUCUCACCGCAGAGGACAGUCCUCGGUUCUUCGGAGAGAAUGGGUUGAUCAGGAAGGUGGAAGUGGAGGAGAGCACGGAUAUUUACACUUGGUUGUUUGGAUGGUUGAAGGAAGAAAGAGAGCGAGACGUGAAGAUUAAUGUGAUAUGUCCUGCCACUGAAGUCCAUAUUCGCAAGUAUACAACCCAGGAGAGGAUCGUGGUCCACGAAACGCCAGAGCUGUACAAGAAACACGUCAAGCCGUACAUCGAAGCCUUCCCACCUUCCCGAACAAAAUGGGUCGAGAACAUCCUCACCGGCGUAUCCGAACAACACAAAGUUCUCUUCUCCAGUCCCGAAUUCCUGAUCCUCCCAGAUAUGAAAUGGGACCUCAAAACUGUCUCCUCUUUAUACCUUGUCGCCCUAGUCCAGGAUCGCGCCAUCCGGAGCCUGCGUGACCUCCGGCAUACGCACGUCGAGCUGCUGAAAGCCAUUCGCCACCAGGCGAACCGUGUUGUACAGGAGAAAUGGGGUUUGGAGAGAGGAUCGUUGAGGAUGUAUAUUCAUUAUCAGCCCAGUUACUAUCACUUCCACGUCCACAUUGUGAACGUGAACUACGAAGGCGGUCUGCUGGGCAUGGCAGUCGGUCAGGCGCAUCUACUAGACGAUGUGAUCUCAAUGUUAGAACUGGACACAGGCGAUGGGCCUGGUAUAUUCCAGAGAAUUACACUCACGUACGCGCUCGGCGAUCAGCACGGUUUGUAUGAGGCGAUGCGCAAGAGUCUUGAAGAUCCCGCUAGUCAAUAA